AUGGUUACUUCUCGUGGGGAACUCUCCCGAUCGCUGAUUGCCUUUGUGGUUUCUUUUUCAUUGUUGGCUGCAAGUGUCAACGGCUAUCCGUUUACUGCCUCUGGUGCAAGUGACCUUUCGGAAAGAGACCACAAGCCCUUCGAACUGAAAGUAUGGCCAGUGGGUGCCUCCAUUACCUGGGGCCAGCACUCCCAGUCUGGUAAUGGCUAUCGCAAGCCUCUUCGUGACGAACUUGUGUCUGAUGGCUGGGAUGUGGACAUGGUGGGCUCCAAGCACAAUGGAAAUAUGACUGAUGAUAAUGUCGAGGGCUACCCUGGAUAUACCAUCGCCAAGGUCGAAGCAGCAGCCAUGGAAGCUCUCCCAAAGCUCCCCAACAAGCCCAACCUAGUCCUCAUCAAUGCUGGUACAAACGACUGCCAUUUGAACCUCAACAUUACCGGGGCAGGCGAUCGUAUGCAAAAGUUCAUCGAUACCAUCUUGAAAGAAAAGGAUAUGGAAAAGGCGACGAUUAUCCUUUCAACACUCAUCCCAUCCAACGACAAAGAGGUCAAAGCCCAUCGAGAUGCUGUAAACGAGCAGUAUCGCAAGCUGGUGACUGCGAUGAGCAAGAAAGGUACCGCGAUCCGGUUGGCGGAGAUGGAGAAGGCGCUCUCCUGGCCUGCGGAUUACACUGUCGAUGGUAAAGCGGAUGAUACGCAUCCAAGUGAUGCUGGUUAUGCAAAGAUGGCUAAGGUCUGGUUUGAGGCUAUCAAGGGCGCGUACAACGAUGGUGUUAUUAAAGCGACUGGUACAGUGGCAUCCCCUGAUACCGUAACGGAGGUUAUUAGUGUGGAGUCGACUGUAGUCGUUGGGCCUAAUGUGGAGGUUGAGGUUGAAGUGGUGACGGAGACUAUCACCGUGUCCUAG